AUGAUGGAGACAGAGCUACCGCCCGGCAGCUGCAAUUCCACCGGCCACCUGUCGACCAUUGGAUGGAAUUUGCCAGGUCGUAUGCACCAUUCGGCGAGUACGCCGGCGGGCGUGGACGGCGGCGCGCGGACGCCUCCCGCCACGCCCAAGAAGGGCGGCAAGAUGCUCGCCGUGCGUGUACAGAUGCUGGACGACUCGAUAUCCAUGUUUCAGAUACAGUCGAAAGCAUUGGGACGAGUGCUUUUUGAUCAAGUCUGUCGACAGUUGCACCUCUUGGAAGCAGACUACUUUGGACUUGAAUAUCAAGAUGCUAAUGGAACUAAGUACUGGUUGGACGUCGAAAAGCCGAUGUGCCGUCAAGUGGGCCUGUCAAUGUUGGAGCCGACUUUGCGGUUUUGCGUCAAGUUCUACACACCGGACCCGGCGCGGCUCGAGGAGGAGUUCACUCGCUAUCUGUUCUGCUUGCAAGUGAAACGGGAUCUGGCGCAGGGAUGUAUACAGUGCAACGAGAACACAGCCGCCUUGAUGGCUAGUUAUAUUGUACAAGCCGAAUGUGGGGAUUUUGUGCCGGAAGACUACCCCGACCACACAUACCUCAGCGGGUACAAGUUCUUCCCCGGACAGGACUCCGAGUCGGAACGGCGGAUUAUGGAAAAUCACAAAAAGCACAUCGGCCAGAGCCCUGCGGAGGCGGAUCUGAAUUUGUUAGAGACGGCGCGGAGAUGCGAACUAUACGGUAUAAAGAUGCACGCAGCGAAGGACCACGAGGGCGUGCCGCUGAACCUGGCGGUGGCGCACAUGGGCAUUGCCGUAUUCCAGCACUUCACCAAGAUCAACACCUUCAGCUGGGCCAAGAUCAGGAAGAUAUCCUUCAAGAGGAAAAAGUUUCUCAUCAAAUUACAUCCUGAGGGAUAUGGCUACCAUCGAGAUGUGGUGGAGUUCUUUUUCGAGGGUCGCAACGAGUGCAAGAACUUCUGGAAGAAGUGUGUGGAAAACCACGGCUUCUUCAGAUGCUCGAGCGUGCCGCGGCUGCCGAGGCACAAGACUCGGGUCAUGUCUAGAGGCUCGUCUUUUAGGUACAGCGGUAAAACACAAAAACAGAUAGUUGAGUUCGUGAGAGACAACUACGUGAAGCGACAAACCUUCCAAAGGUCGGGGUCGUUCCGCACAUCGCGGUCGGCGGGCGGGUCGCGCGGCAACGUGUCCGCGCCCGCGCCCGCGCCCGCGCUGCACGCCAGCGUGUCCGCGCACCCGCUGCUGCCGCUGCCGCCCGGCUCCGACGCGAUUUCCCUGGAGUGGGACAAGCAACCUCACUACCUGGAGGCCUCUCUGAUGAUGAAGGGCUACUCGGCGGAAGAGGCGCGGGCGGCGGCGCGGCGCGACACCGCUCGCCCACGCCCACCAGCUACCGCCUUCGUCUCCACGAGGGAGAGGCUUACAAAACUGUACUACAACCAAAUAGCGGGUCCAGAAGUAGUGACCCAUGCCGAGGUCAAUCAUCAUCCUACGGAGGAUUCGCAUCUGCCUCAUCAGACGACGACACCGUUGACAUCUCCGGAGAGUACGUGGAUAAUGGAUGCGGAGGUCAACGGGCGCGCGCGCGCUCCCACUCCGCCGCCUCGUGGGCGCCCACCAGGUCAGAGCUCGCACACGCACACGCUCACUCACACGCGCGCCCCCUCGCCCCGCACCCCGCCCCGCACACACACCGCCGCCGACUCCCCGCCCCCUAGCAUCUACCCGGACUUCGUCCUCCCUAAACACUCGUCCAGCUUCAACAAGUCGUCCGAGCGGCUCGAGUACGAGCUAUCGCAGAGCAACAUAUACUCGGCGUGCCCGUCCACGCGGUCGUCGCGCUCGGCCGCGUCGCUUGCGCUGGACGCGUCGCCCGCGCGCUCGCCAUCGCCGCCGCGUGCGCGCCCGCGCCGCAGCGCCAGCUGCCGCGACUCGCCCGUCACGCGCUACGACCCGCACUCGCUGUGCUUCGCGCCCGCGCUCGCGCUGCAGCGGCUGGCGGGCCGCGCCUACUCGUGCAGCUUCCCCGGCGCCGCGGGCGAGCCGCGCCUGGACGCGCUAGACGCGCUGGACGCGCCCGCGCGCGCCGGCGGCUCGCAGGAUGACCUCUCGCACGACAGCUACGAGCUGCUCGAGCGCUCGCUGGCCGCCCGCACGCGCUCCUGCUCGCUCGACUCAGGCAACGACCUGCCCUCCGAUGACGAUCAGUCCCUCUCGCAUCUCUCCGAGGCGGAGGAUCAUGAUAUUAACAUUAAUAUAUCGACUAUUAAGUAUAAGAGCGACAACGAUCUACCACUAGAUCCGUUUCUCGUGGACGAUCCGAGGAUUCUGCCGAGGGAGAAGCUCUCGGUUCGGUCUGACGGUAAUUUCUAUAAAGAAAUUAAACGUGCUCUCGGUUCGCGUACUUCUAGUCAAGAAUCUAAAAGUGAUAUUUACGAUUCGAAAUUAUCAAAAAGUAGCGGCGAAUCUAGCAAAAAGUCGCGCGAUAGCGUCUACCAUACAGACAGUAAAAAAUCUCGUGAAACUCUUAAAAGUAAAAGCUCCGAUAGAUCCGGGUCUAGGACUUCUAGUCAAGAUUCUAAAUCAGACUAUUAUGAUUGUAAAAAGAAUCUUUAUGAGCAUGAUGAUAUGAAUUUAAGACGUCGUAGUAUAUCGAGUAUCCAAAACGCUUACAUUGAUCCUUUUGAACCUAUAUCCCCGUCUUCUAGUCCAGAUUCAGGUAAAGAUUACUACGAUCCUCAGCCUACAUUUAUUGGCAUGGAAAAACCAGAAUAUCGGGAAAAGACACUUUUCGAUAAGUCACAUGAGGAUUUGAUAGCUAAUCUAAUAACUUCGCCCAGUUAUUACCACCACCACAUCCCAACCCCGUAUUCCACAUUCCCAAGCAAUAAUAAACAUAAAGAUGCACCUCCUAUACAUUCUGCUAGUUUGCAAAAUGUAGAGUUAGAUCAGUACGCGAACUACUCAGAUCUAAGUCCCGUAAAGAAAACUGAUGAGUUAUCGACGGAGGAAGAAGAUAUGCAGCCGCGCACUACACAUAUUUGGCCCGAAAAAAUUGCCGGCCUCGAAACGGAAAUUGAUAAUAGCAGAUCAUCUAAAAUACAUAACUAUCAACGCCGUCGUUCUUCAGAUACCGUAUUCAGUUUUGACAAAGAAAAAAUUGAAUCGUUAACCCGAUCUAUUAGUAAAGAAAAUGCGCCUUCGCAUCUUGUGAAGGAAUCUUCGAAUGAGUCUGAUGUAAAUGUUCGUAUAUUGCCAGCCAUGGAUAGUAUUGAAUAUGCUAAAAAUAGAGCUAAAGCAUCUGCCAUGCAAUCUGGUACGUCGUCGAUUCUUCAAUCGGAUUUUGAUAAGUCUAUGCGUGGCAAAGUUCAUACUCAUAUUGUUAGGAAAGAAAGCCUCAAAGAAGAACUCAUGGCAAAAACACACUUUGAUGAAUAUAAUCCAAAGUUGAUUCUAGACACAAGUUCUAGCAGUCGUCUUGCAGACACUGCAGUGCCAUAUAUUCAUCCUACAGUGGAAAGAACGAAAAGCGAUCCUAACAGCUUAGCUAAUAGACCUCGUUUUAGCAGUGUUAACUCAAGAAGACAUGUGCUAAUGCAUCAAAAAUCUAUUGAUUUAACCCCCGCAGAGUCAAGUGAUGAGGACUAUAUGUUUCGCCAAAUACCAAGCGCACCUCCUAUCGCUACAAAGCGAUCUCAUUUUGAACUACCUGCCAGACACACUGACAUUGGGCGACCAUCGUUUGAUUUGCCACAAAACUACUUUAAGGAAUUCGAUGCGUUUAAAGCGGGUUUUAAUGAAAGUAAAAAAGUUAUUGAAGAUAGCUACGAUAUUCCCUAUGUUUUACAUAAAAGACAUAUCAUGAACGGGACCGCGCCCUCUCCUCUUGAUGAUAAAAGACCCCCACCUGAUAUCAUAACUUUGCCCCCACAAAAUGGACGUCAUAUAGUGAAUGCACAUCCAAGAUGCAAAUAUCACGAUCACCCGAAAUCGCCACGUUCUCCUAAGUCACCCAAAUCGCCCAAGUCUCCUAAAUCACCUAAAUCACCAAAGUCGCCUAAGUCUCCAAAAUCGCCUAAGUCACCGAAAUCGCCGAGAAAUAGUAUUCAGAGUGAUCAUGUUUCCAAGUUUCUUGAGGUUGAAAAUCGAGACUUCUUGUUUACUCAAAAUAUCGAUCUAUCUAAAGUCGAUCCUGUUACUCUAGAAGUAGACAAAAGUGGUCAGCUACAGCAUUUACCGAGUCCAAAAAGAGAUAUUACAAAAUCUUUGGAUUCUGCUUUACUUGAAACACUAAAUUCUAAACUGAGCCAGAUAGAAAGUGACUCAGCCACAAGUUCCAAAACAGAUAGUAUGAGACAAGAGCCUGCUUAUUCUCAUGAUAUAAAAUUUGCAAUAAAUGGAAGAAACGUUCAACAACCACCUAUUUGUAAAGAACCCAAGCCACUCACUGCAGCUGAAAAAUUACGUGCCGAUAUUAAGUCCAAAUCUGAAAAAUUGCCGACUAAGAGAAUUCCAAAAGGACGUGGGACUAGUAAAAAAGGAGUUGGUGGUAAAGUCAAGACAAAAAAUAAUAACAAAAUCAGAAUUACUUCAUUCUCAUCAGAUGAUGAAAGUGUCGAUUCAGAUGAUGUUUUUGGAACUACGGAAGCUGCACCAAAGUUGGAGUUUUCCCCUCCGCAGUCACGUAAAGAUUUAGAACCCAUUCUUCAACUAGAAUACGAUAAAAUUACUUCUGGUGCUUGGCAUAGAGGUCAAACAAUGAGUUCAACAGAAAUAGAGGGUUCGCCGCCACAGUGUCGGAAAUUAGCCGAAUUAGAGGCAAAAUAUAAUCCACAGGUUUUAGAAAGUGUGAGCGGUAAUGCUACUGAGUUGAGACGUAUUUCAGAACGAUCAAUUUCAAUUCCUAGCUCAGAAGAUGACGUUGUUGCAAAACUACCUGAAAUAAAACAAGUUAGCAAAGAAAGUUCUACUUGGGAAUAUAAUGAAAAUAUUCCUUCACCGAUACUUGAGAGCACCGAGUUUUUAAAAUCAGAUGAGGAACAUCUCGUUGACAUGGAAAUUCAAAAAGUCACUGGAAUACAAACGGAUGAUAAAAGUGAUUUACAAGCCGACAAAAAAGACUUGACGAAACUUGACGUAAAAAAGAGUUUACGUGAUGAAUUAAUUUCACCUAUGUUGCGGAAAACUGGUGGAACUCCAAUAUUAUUUGCUCAUGCGAGAUUAAAUCUUUCUGAAGGUUCUGUCUUCUCACUGCAACGUCAAAAGGCCACUCUGGAGUCACCAACAGCAAGUCGCAGAGCUAAAAGCUUAGAUACUCCUGUCAUUCAAUUGCAUAGAUUACCCCCAAUGAAUGCAUUUUCUUCGAAAGAUGACACAGUUGAAGAUAUCAAUGAGGAAGGAGAUAUUUUGGAAGAAAAACCUUUAAUAGAAGACAAAUUAUCAAAAGGUAAGAAAGACACUAUUGAUAAAAUUGAUGAAGUAGAAGAAGAACUAUCUGGAGACCCAGCAAAGUCUGCUAUAAUUGAUAAUGAAGAAAUGAAAUUGUUGGAAGAAUUGGUUGAACAGCGAAGACCUCGUUCAUUUAAACGACAGUAUGAUCUUAGUAAAAUAAUGUCCAAAGCAAAAUCGCCGUCUAGAUCACCACUAAAUAGAUCGCCUAUAUCACGGUCACCAUUGUCAAAAUCUCCUUCGAGGUCACCAACUUCGUCAUUAAAUUCGCCAAGAGGGAGUAUCCGAAAGUUGUCUGAUUUAAGCGAAGACCAAAUUGUGCCAGAUAUUGAAAGAAUAAAGCGAAAAGAAAAGAAAAAGUUGACGUUAAAACCAAAACCAGACGACAAGCAAAAAGUCACAAGUAAAUUGAAUAAGGCAGGAUCAUUAGAUACUAAUGCUACUAAAGUAAGAGCUCUUCAGACUCAAAAAUCCUUGCCAUCUUCCCUUAAAGAACGACCAGAUUUCUUAACUGUACCACCUUUAGAUAUUGCAAGAGCUAAAAGUCAAGAAUUAGAGCAAGCAGCAAAGAAAAUCGCUAAAGAAAAGUCCAAGUCAUUAGAAAAGAUGGAUGUUAAACGAGGAGGUAGUAAAGAAAGAACAAAAUCUCAAGAAGAUAGUGAUACGGAAAUUGCAAAACGCAAGGAAAAACAGCAAAUGUUGUUUGAAGCGGCGUUAAAGCAAACUAAAACGUUAAUAAGUCCAGUUAAAGAUACCUUGCCUCCAUUCCCUCCUCCGGAAGAUAAGAUUUUGGUGAAAACAGAAGGUGAUAAAAUAAUUAUCGAAACGAAAAUAAAUAGCAAGGCAGAAGAUCAUGUUUUUAUAGCAAAAUCACCUAAGAAACUUGAUAAUAAACUAGCAGGGAAACUUAGUAGAAGCUUUGAGGAUCAGAAGACAGGUAAAACAAAUAACAAAAUUAAUAAGAGUAUGGAUGACAAAUCUCAAUCAUUAGAAGAUAAAUUCGAUGACUUGGCUAGUUUGCAAAAGUCACCAAAAACGCUAUCUAAGAAGCAAGAAAUAAAGCAACAAAUAGAAGGUAAAGUUGUUUAUCAAAAAGUUCAUCCGAGUGUUAAGUCAAAAAGUCUGGAGAGAAAAGUUGAUCCACACUUCGAAGCCAAAGUUAAGUCGAAAAGCUUGGAUAGGAAUUAUGUUACACCACCAUCUAGUAUCCAAGAGCCAAUAGCUGAUAAACAUUUUAAACAAGAAGUUGUUACAGUUGACGUUCAUCCAACUGGAAAAGAACAUGUAGAUAAUGUCAUACAAGAACCUGAGCCAAAAGAAACGUCUCCUUCGAAUAGUUAUAAAGAAAAAACUGAAGAUGAUUCUUCGAUCGAAUGGAUAACAAGUUCUCAACAUACUGUCAUUGAAAAUGAUACUCAGACAGUUAUAAUGGAACGAAGAAAAAUAGAAAUCUACAAUAAGCAACGGUUAUCAGAGCUUAAUGAAAGCAGGAGUAGUCAAGAUAUACAUAGCUUAACUGAAGAUAAGAAACCAGAAGUUAUGCGUUUAACUAGCGAGGAAGAGUCAAUUACUGAAGUUAGUGAACUUAAAAUGUCAGAUGAGAGUAAUAUGCUGGGUAUAUCACUUCCUUAUAUUGAUGCAGAUAGCUCAUCAGAUCCAGAUCAAGUGUCUAAAAAAGAAAAAUUGACUAAAUUACACCUCGGCAAAAGUGAUGAUACAGGAUCAGGAAUAACAGGAGAUUAUGACGAAUUGACCGCAGAUACAGAACUUCCAAUUUCAGAUACAUGUUUGAGCAAAAAACCCUUGGAAGCUCAAAGCACAUUUGAAGAAUCAUCUGCUAGUUUAGUAGAAUUUUUGAAAAAUGAAUCAAUGUCUCAGUUACUUUUAGACAAUGAGAAUGAAAGUGAUCCCAAAUUUAAAGAUUUUCCGAAAUCUACAGAUUUAGCAUUAAAAUUCAAGAAUAAAAAUAAAAUAAUUGUUACCCCUCCACAAGAAAAUAGUCCGACAAUUGAAAACAUACCUUUUAUUGACUGUAAUGUCUCUAAAUCUACUCAUAAAUCUGAAUCAGGGGAACAUACUGGUAGCUCAGGCAGUACAAAUGACAUAUCUCCAACAGAACAAAAAAAUGAUCAAAAAGUGCUAUUAUCUGCCAAAUCACGACGAGGUGAGCUUUUAAAACUAAGCGCUGAACGUUCACGAAGUUCAGAAUCAACUUCUUGGACUAGCAUAGAAAAGGACAUUAGCCCAUCAAGUGCAAAUAUUAAAGGAAGUUCAAUUGAUGAUGAGUCUAGUGUAAGCUGUUCGAUCGCAAGACCUUUGGGUAUAUCACAGGACAUUGAAAAACUAAAUAAAAAAGAUAGGGAAUGCUUAGAAGAAUUAAAACAAGCUAUGGAAUAUGGCGAAGAACAUCUUCUUUCUCAGCAUACUAUGUCAAGUGAACAUUCUAAAUCAAACUCCAAAUCUCCUUCUCCUAUACCUGAAAUAGGUAGAAUUGAGAGCCCAAGGAGUCCAUCAAAGUAUGGUACAAGAAAAUCUCCUACUCCAACAUUAGAAAAACAAGGUCAAGUGGAUUCACAAAAAGCACCUACUGACUCGGAAUCUAGUUCUGAAAGUGUUUGUGACAAAACUGUAGAACAACUUUCGAGACCAAGUCAAAGAAAGAGUGCUUUAGAUAAAAUAGGUAAAUGUGUUAUAGAAGAGUCUGAAUCUAGUCAAUCUGCUGGCUCAAAGGCGUCUGAUGUCAAGAAAGAAUUAGAAAAAACUGUAAAAAAAACAAAAAUCGCAAUAACAAUAUCUCAAGAGGAUCAAAAUAUGACAGUUGAUUUUGAUGACGACGGCAAUGUUAUAACUUCUUCAUUUGAACGGGAGCUUAUGAAAAAGAGAGCGCUAAAAGAUGUUGAUCAAAAGAGUUCGUCAAAGUCGAGUAUCGAUACUACAACAACUACACCAUCAAAAGGAUCUCUUAGUGUCGAUGACUCGUCUUCUAGGCGAAAGGCACGACUCGAUGAACAGAAAAGCUCAUCAAAAUCUAGUAUGGACUCUAGGGGAUCUUUAAGUGUGGAAUCGAGAGGAUCUUUCGAAACAACUGAAUCUACUUCUGGUUCUUUAGGAGAAGCUUAUCGUCGCGGCGAAGAACUAAAACCAACAUGGCGACCAUUUUUUGGGGCUUCUGGAAGUGAAAACAGUACAAGUAUAGAAGAGGCUUGGAUUCCUCAAGACCACGAUGGAUACGAAAGUUUGACAAUGAACAAAGAUGCUUUUGAAUAUAAUAAUCAAAGAAUGCUUGAUGAUUUCCAUACAUUUUCUAAAAACCCCCCGCUAUCCGCAAAUACUUCAAAAGAUUCAACGGAAGCUGAUUUUACGGAUGAUCUUAAUGAUUUCCCAGUCAAUUUUCUUUAUCCCGCAACAUCAUCCACUCCGUCAUCAUCGGAUGUUGUUAUUGGAUAUGGCCAGAAUUUUGGCCGGACACUAUCGCGUAUAUCUGAGCGUAGCACAACUUCUGAAAAAACUAGUGCUGAUGAAGAUUCUACUAAAGCUUGUUCUCGCUCUGAAAGUAUUAAUGAGGAGUCGCUAAAUUCUAGUGAUCAUCAAGCAAGUUUAAGUUCGGAUCCACCAAGCAAUGCUAAUGUUGCCUAUAUAUCUGACACAGACAGAAGAACAUCGGCCGAAAUGCCUGACAUUCCUAUUGAUCAAACUAAAAUAAGUGAAAUGUAUGCGGAAUCAAAAAAAGACGUAGAUAAAACUAAUAAUAAGAAAACAGAAAAUGGUGAGAAACAUGAAAGUGGUCAUAAGAAAUCUAAUGCGGCACAGGUUUUGGCUCCAUUUAGACAAUCAUCUGCAAGUGAAAGUCAAGAAUCUGAAGAUUGGCCUUUACCAGAGCUACCACCUCAAGUGGCUAAGAUUGUAGCACCAGAGAUUGCAAGACAAAAGUCUAGCGACAAUGAAGACUUAAACUCUUUUGCGUCAGGUACUUUAGAUACACCUAUAGUUGAAAAUGUCCAUUUUUAUUACAUGAAUAAUGAACCAGAACAAGCUACAAAAGUAACAAUUCGUUCAGAAAGUUCUAAAGGACAUAUAGGAUCUGAUGACGAUAGUGAUACUUUAAACAAUGAUGAUGAAUUAGAAAGAGACGUUCAAGAAUCUAAAUCCGAAAAAUCUACAGAACCAUUAACAGAUACUGUCCAAAAAAGUCCAAAGGUUAUUCCUUACGAUAAAUCAGGCUAUAUGGUAGAACCUCUAGAUAGUCAUGAUGAAUUUACAUGUCUCAAUAAAAGCGUGAUUCCUAAUUAUGACAAAUCUUGUUUGAGUGGAACUUUUAGUAAAGCGUCAUGCUUAAUGGGCGAUGUCGGUACAUGCUGUUCACGAGCGGAAAACAAAUCUUUUAAUACCAAAAGUAACUUAGAGGAUAAGGUUAUUAUAAGUCAGCCUCAAAAAUCACCGACCAACCAUAGUCCUAUAUACGAUGAUGAUCACUUAUAUACCGACGACGUAUUUGGUGGUGACAGUAAAUCUCUUUCUCCUGAUUUUGACAAAGGCUUCCCCCAAAUGGGUGCGCAGAAAUUUUCAUUUGGAUCAAAUAAUUCAGACACGUCAAUUGACGAUUUGCUGUCACAGACUAAUGCUGAAGAAACAGUCAAGGCAGUAACCAAACUCAGUGUUGGCAGUUCAGGAGCAUGUAAAAGAUGUAGUCAUAGCAGUCAUUCUGAAGAAGAAACAAGUUCUUUUGGGACUGAUUUAGACGGAACAGUCAAAAUUGGCUUACCGCAAAAAAAAUGCACUCAUAGUUCUCAUUCAGAAGAUACAUCUAUUUGCUUAAGUAUUUCCGAGUGGUCCACUGGUACUAACACGGUGCGACAAUAUGCUAACCUUUCUGCUUCCGAAAGUAUAUCUGCUGUGUCAUUAGCCAAAAGUGAUAAAUCGGAAAAAGGCACAAUAAAAAAAUAUUCAACAUCUCAGUCAGGGAAGAAGACGGAACAAAUACAAAAAAUGAAUUCUCAAACAGAAGCGAGUUCUAAAAGCAGCAGCCUCGACAAGAGUUCCGAAAAUAUUAAAUAUGACAAAUUGUGCAGCUCUGAAACAACAAUAUCAAGAAAAGUUGAUAGUAGUUCAGGUACAAAAAGUGACAGUACUCUAACUCUAGCUCAGUCUAUAUCUGAGUGGUCUGCGAGUACAAGUCAUACUUUAGUUGCCACGGCGCGAGAAGAUCAACAAGACAACGAGCAAACAAAGUCUGAUAACACUAUUGUAAAAGAAACAUCACCCGUUGAUGAGAAAUAUGAGUCUGACACUGUAGAAGAAACUAAAUUAUCUCCCUCUAAAAGUGAUGCAAAGGAGCCUGUGCUACGAUUAACAGCAGCUUUCACAGGGAAAACAGAAAAAUCGUCUUCAAUAAGUUACAGUGACAAGUCAGAUAAAUCUAGUUCAAGUUCAUUAAGUAGUCUACAAAAACAUACAAAUGGUGUUUUGAGAUUUGACCAAAGGUUGAGAGGAUUUCCAGCUUCUGAAGAUUUAUCUAAAGAACGGUAUCUGAAAGCUCCACCAAAAAGUUUCAGUUAUGACGAGGAAUCUCGCAAACACGUGAGACCAACGACACGAUGCCAAAGCGAAGAUAGUGGCUAUAACAAGCAAUACUUUUUUGGACCACAGCCUGAAAUAGAUAUAGAUAUACCCUCUCAGCUUUAUAGUCAAGAAGAAAAGCAUAGUGAGCGAUAUCAAAGUCAAGAGUUUUCAAAUAUUAUAAGAGAGGAAUCUAGUAGUCAAUUUAUAAGAUCUGACUACAAGCCUUUAGCUAAACACGCUAGUUAUGAUGAUAAAACGUUGUCAAAAAACCAGAUAAAGGAAUAUAAAACGUCUCAGCAGUAUCGCAGUAAACCGAAAAGUUGGUCGUUCCAUGAGCAUUAUUUAUCUUCAUCUGACCUGCCUAUUAUAACAGUUCCAGAGAUACCUUCAGUUCAUAGAGAACUGCAGGAAAAGAAAUCUUUGGAGAGAUCAGGUAAAACCCCCUUAUCUAGAUGCUCACCAUACUAUUCAAGCAGUUUAAGCUCUGAAUCACCUCCUAUACAACCACUGAAGGCGCCGGUAAAAAAAUCGCUCCUUGUUAGAAACUUUUCGUUGAAAAGUCCUCCGAGCGGUAAUGACACUGAUAGCUCCUUAGAUGUUAUAAGAGAUCCUCGUGAAAGAAUGCGAACAUUUAGACGUAAAAAGCAAGUCACAAACACACGUAAAAAACAGGAGAAAAUACAAGACGUAUUAGAGGAAGAUUCAACAAAAAGUCAAUGUUCCUCUGAAAGUGACAAGUACAAAGGAGCUAAAUAUUUGGCAGUCGAUGAUAAUCUCAGAAGAAUGGAGAGUUCAGAGUGUUCUGACAGCUACAUGCCAGAGGUAGAAUCUGGUUCUUCUGAAAUGUCUAAAGGAGACUCCAAAAAUGACGAUAUGCAAGAACAGGCAAGUUACUCUGAAGAUGAGGAACAAUUAAGCUAUGCCAAAUAUAAGACAGCUUCAUAUGAGCUCCAAAAAUUCCCCGUUAAUAUAAAUCCAGUUCAGUUUCAAGGUUUUGGAUCCUCUGUCGAAGAAGAUGAAAUGGGUUUUCCGAGAUUUGACAGAUUAGGUCGAUUGCGACAUCCAUAUCUUGAUUCUCAAGAACCACCUUUCGUACCAGAAGGAAGUCCUCCUAGAUCUUCGUCAUAUUCUAAUAAAAGUAGCCGCCAAUCUUCCUUAAAAAGAAUGAAAUCUACAGGACACUACAAAUCUGAUGAUAAAUCUCUCGGAGAGUCAUCGAGAUCUAAGUUUUAUGAUGAACAAAGUGACAAAGACGAUUCUGAUGAUUAUGCAUAUCCCGUCGAUACUAUAAAAAGGGCUCCUAAAAUAAAUAAAUCUGGAAGUUAUCUCUUUGAACGAGGAGAAACGAUUGCUUAUUCAGAUUCGGAACUACCCCAGGACAAAGAUGAAUACGAAGAGUAUAGGGGUAGUCCAUAUCCUGAACACUAUGAGGAUAUAGAUAUGUUCCAAACCCAAGAGUUUUAUCCGCAAUACGAACAUAGCAACGAACAUAGCGACGGUAACGAAGAGCGCUUUGCUAGAGAUCUCGACCAGCGUUUUAGUUUGAAUAAUGUUGAACGCUUUUAUUCUAGUCAUUAUGUUGAUUCGCAAGCUUCGAGCGAUAGUCCCGAACAAAAGUUUGACGUUUCAACACUCCCACCGCCUUUAUGCUCUGACGACGAGAACGAG